AUGAAAUAUUCUGUCGAAGUGCCUAUCAACGUAUAUGGAAUAUUGAAACCUACUGGUUGUAAAUUUCUUCGAAUAGAUAGUCGAUUACCAAUGAAAGAUUUAUAUCAGUUCAUUCUCGAAGAUUGUGGAGGACAGAAACCAGCUCUCAUCUUAAGUAUUUAUGGUGGCGUCAAAUACUCUACUAUGACUCGCCUACGUGAAAAUGAAUUUAUAAUAGGUGUCAUUCAUGCUGCUACUAUGGCCAAUGCAUGGAUUCUUACUGUUGGCGUCAACAAUGGUAUAUCGAAAUUGGUUGGCGAAGGUAUUUCACAAUAUCGUCUCUUACAGGAAUAUGCGAAUAAAGUGAAAUGUAUUGGAAUGACAAUGUGGGGUACAAUGGAUGAAGAUACACAUCUUGAGCUUAAAAAAGCAUCAAGCGGACUUCCAUCACCACUGUGUGAGCGACAAAUUCCAGACAAUGCUGAAGAAUAUAAAGAGACAAUCGAAAAAAAUCAUACACAUUGUAUUUUAUUCGAUAGUGGUAGACUGUACGAAUAUCUCAGUGAUUCGCAGCGUCAUCAAUUUGUUAUGGAAGCUUGUAAAGACAAAGACCAAGAUAAGGAUAAAGAUAAAGAUGACGAUAAAAAGAAACAAAAUGACAGUAAUAAUGAUCAUACAUGUUACGCCGUAACAAUUAUCGUCGAAGGAGGUUUAGGUAGCCUUGAAGUUCUUGAAAAUGAUAUUCAAGAAAAACGACCAAUUGUUCUGAUUCAAGGUAGUGGCCGUUUAGCCGAUUUACUUGCUAUGCUAGUCGAACAGACAUCAAAUUCGGAUCGAAAUCAAUAUCAGAAUCCAUCGGAUCAAGAAAUUGAACAAGUUCUUCGUCGAUUUUUCCCUAGUGUUCCAAAUUCAGAAGUGUCUACAGCAAAAGGACGAAUUCAAAAAAUUUUACAAGAAGAAAAUCGUUAUCUAUUAUAUGUUUUCUGUAUGAAUCGUGAUAAAAAUGUAGAUGAAACUAUUUUCAAGGCUAUAUUUGCCGUUACAAAGAAGAAAAAUGAAUUAGAACAUGGUCAAAAAACUAAGAAUGAAUCACAGGGGCAAGAAACACAACUUCCAAAAGAUGAACAUAAACAACGUUCAAAAGACGAAGAUAAACUAGUACAUUUGGCACUUGAAUGGAAUUAUUUUGAUGGUGCUUCGCCAAUAUUACUAGCGCAGCAAGAUGAAAUGAUGGAAAUACGUAAUGAAAUUAUACGGAUACAAAGUAAAAGUAUGAAGAUAGAACGUGAUUCCGAAAAGAGUCAUAAGAAUCGUGUAAAAACAUUAUUUGGUAGAUUACCUCUUAAAUCAAUACGAGAACUUGAUUAUAAGUUAAACAAAUUUGUGGGUUCUUUUUUUGGACCGAUUUAUUCAUUUGAAAAUGAUAACAUCAAGAAUCGUAUUCAAAUUGAUUUGAAGAAUCAUGUAUGUACUUGUUGUGGAUCCUAUGAACAUGUUGAAAAUAAUAAUAAAGAAAGAAACGAUCAAGCAAACAACAAAUAUACAAAACAUCACGUGUUACGUGAUCUUUUUUUAUUGUCUGUUUUCAUGGAUAUGUCUGAAUUGGCUAAAAUCUUACUUUUUCAUGUUCGAUCUUGUAUUUGUGCUGCUCUUAUUGCUUCAGCUGUAUUUAAAAGAUAUUCUGAAUCAUCUCAAACAGUUUACUUAAAAACAAAAUUCUUAGCUCAAUCAUCAGACUUUGAAAAGUAUGCUGCAAAGUUUCUUGGUAAAUGUUAUAAAUUUAGUGAAGAAUGUGCUUGUGAAUUACUUUUACGACAAAUACCACUUUUUGGUAAUGUUACAUGCAUGCAGGUUGCUAUUUCAAGUGAAAGUAAAGAAUUACUUAACACAGCUUAUUUUGAUCAAACAUUAAAUCAAGUAUGGUUUAAUAAAUUAUCCUUGACUAAUAGUCACACAACAGCAAAACUAUUACAAAUUCCUUCAAUUCUUACUAUUGGCUUUAUAGCGCCUAUGAUCAUCAGUUAUCGAGAGGAGGAUGAAGAAUCAACGAAUAAUACAGCGAAUAAUGCUCUAUCUGAAGAAGGUAUAAACUAUUAUGUUGAUAGACAACAAUCAAAACAAGACAAAUGCACUAAUUAUUGGACACGUUUUCGAUAUUUUCAUGAAAGUCCACUCAUCAAAAUGUCUUAUCAUUUUAUAAGUUAUGUGUGGUUUUUACUUGUAUUUAGUUAUAUGAUGCUUUAUCAUCUAGAUGGUCGAAAUACAUUUAUUAUUCCUCAUUGGACUGAAAUCUAUGUGAUUAUUACUGUUUCAACUAUGUUUUGUGAAGAAUCUCGAAGACUUUAUCAUGAAUAUAAUACAAGAAUGACUGAACGAUGGGGCUCAACUGGAUCCGCUUUUUUAACAGUUUUGUCGAAUGCAUUUUACAUUAUGCCUUAUAUUCUUUUCUAUUUGGGUCUUGGUUUUCGAUAUGGUAGUUAUAAUGAAAGUUUACUUACUACUGCAAGAAUUAUUUGGGCACUUGAUCUUGAAUUAUGGUAUCUUCGAUCAUUAAAAUUUGUUAUUGCUGUAAAAUUUCUAGGUCUAAAAUUAUUUAUGUUAAAAAAUAUGCUUCGGGACUUAUUUGCUUUCGUCUAUAUGAUUUUUAUAGCAAUAGCUGCUUAUGGAGUUGUAUCUCGAUCAUUAAUUCUUUAUAAACAAGUACCAUUUACUGGUCGUGACAUUUUUGGUCAAAUCUUUUACGAACCAUAUUGGCUUCUUUAUGGAGAUGUAUCGGAUAAAAAUUUACUUGAUGACAUAAUUAACAGUAAUAGUAGUAAUGCAACAGGAAAUGUUGCAGAAGCAACAGCAACACAUGUUUUGUUAGCAUUUCAUAUGUUAUUUAUUAACAUUCUUUUACUCAGUUUAAUAACUGCCGUUUUUGCUCAUUCGAUUGAUGAAGUUCGAGAAAAUACAGAAUUUUAUUGGCGUUAUCAACGUUAUUCAUUUGUACGAGAAUAUUUCGAACGCUUACCAUUAUCUUAUCCCCCAUUUAUUGCUAUUUCACAUGUCGUAUUACUUUUGUUGACUAUUCAUCGUGAAUUUUGUUCACUAUUGGGUCGACAUCAAGUGGCUGCUGACAAUCAUGUACCCCUGUCAAAAAAGCUCACACGUGUUUUUAAAAUGAUUCCUACAAAUGAUUCACAAAAUGAACAAUGGGAUUCUUUUGAAAAUGCUGCAACGCAUAGUUGUAUUCGUUCAAUAUUAGAAAAAAGUGAAAACCAAGAUACCUCAACAACUAGCCAUGAAAAACCGAGUAAAAACAAUGACCAUCCAAUCAAACAAAUUAAUGACACAACAGCGUCCGAACACAUUGAAGGCAAAAGUAGAAGAAAAACGGAGUCUUGUAACUCAUUUAAUUGA